CAUAACCAUUUGAUAAUGAUAAUGAAAGCAUUAAAGACAGGUUUAAUGUAAAUAAUUGAUUCAUUUCUCUUUUCUGUUUUUAUAUCUAUCACUGAAGCUUUCUCUUCCCUUACGGAGCACCUGACCAACUGCCCACAUUUCUUUCUUACUUGCAGAGAUGAAGAACAGGACAGAAGUGUCUGAAUUCAUUCUCCUGGGUCUAACAUAUGAUCUCAGGUCGCAACGAGUUCUCUUCACACUUUUCCUGCUGCUCUAUGUAGCCUGUUUAUUAGGAAAUGGGGCCAUUCUGGCAGUCACCAUGGCUGAGCCUCGGCUCCACACCCCCAUGUAUUUUUUUCUGGGAAACCUUUCUUGUUUGGAUAUAUGCUACUCUACAGUGACUGUGCCAAAAAUGCUAAGUGGCUUCCUUUUAAAGCAACACUCUAUCUCCCUUAUCAGCUGCCUCACUCAGCUGCACUUCUUCCACUUUCUGGGCUGUAGUGAGGGUGUUCUUCUGGGUGUCAUGGCAUGUGACCGCUAUGUGGCUAUCUGUAAUCCACUGCGUUAUACUAUCAUCAUGAGUAAAAGGACUUGUGUUAUGCUAGCUGGAGCCACUUGGGCCACUGGCUUUUUUUAUGCAUUGACGCACACAGUGGUGACCUCUCAGCUAUGUUUCUGUGGCCCUAAUCUUCUCCCUCAUCUUUUUUGUGAUAUCAAACCGCUUCUCAUGUUAGCAUGCAGUAGUACAGCACUCAAUUUUAUCCUGCUGAAAGUUGUCACUGGUUCAAUUUCUUUCUGUUUGCUUUUUUUCACUCUUCUAUCUUAUUUUUACAUCAUCUCCUUCCUCUUCCUUAAACUCCAGUCAUGGCAGAACCGUUGGAAAGCCUUCUCCACCUGUGCAUCUCACCUGACUGUUGUGGCAAUCUUCUACAUUCCAGUAGUGUCCAACUACAUGCUUGCUUCUGCCAGUAGCUCUUCUGAGAAAGACCUAAUCAUCUCUUUGUUAUACACUGUAGUUACACCAGUUUUUAAUCCUCUGAUUUACUGUUUGAGGAAUCAAGAAGUCAAAUCUGCUAUAAGGAAGAUUCUAACUCAAAAUGCCCUAUUUAAAUGGGCCUGA